UCUUUAGGAUUAACAGUAUUAUAUCAAGGUCAAAUGAUUGAGAAUAUACGUGGAUUCGUAAAUGAAGAUAUUUAUUUGGUAAAUCCAAAUUUGGUAGAAAAUUAUACCACGCUCGCAGGCAAGCAAGUUUUACAAGAGUUGGGACAAAUUUUACCAGAUUCGAUAGAUUAUCUUUUUAUUGAUCCAAACGACUUGAAUGUUUUCUUGGAGAAUGUUAAAAAUAUUCAAAUUAAGCUAAUUGUUACAAACUAUUCAAAGGAAAUCGUCAGUAUUUUUAAUAUCUUAAAAGAAUUUGUAACCGAACAACAUAAGAAAUUUUAUUAUCAAGUUUCAGAUGUUUUUCGCCCUCAAAAUGUGAAUCAUCAAAAUUUGAAAACGAAUUUAGUAUUUUUGCUAAAAUGA